AUGGGUCGCUCGCCUGCUCCACCUCCACAAGUAACUGGUAUCGUUCCAAAACAGACGGACGGUCCAUCGAGCACCUACUUUUCCGGCGCCUCUUUUCAACUCCAUCCUAGCGAACCACCACCAGUCACUGAAAACAAAGAUCCUCGAUACCAGGACGGCGCUCAGCUUCUCAUCAACUUUGAAGAUCGCCUCAGGAUAGCCAUUGACCGUCGUCUGCCACUCUCAUCGAACUCACUCUCAAUGUCUCUCAACGAACGACUCCCUUGCAGCAUGCGGAAGCUCGCACAUGUCUGGACUGUGCACGUCCCCGCCGUCUCGGAAGCCACACUCGUCGCAAAAAUCUUCGACCCAGCGUAUUUCAGCGAUGAACACAGCGCAUAUACCGACCCUUUUGCUCUCCUCAACAUAUCCGUAUCACAAGAAGUCGAAGCCUACCGUCGUCUCCAAGACACCAACGUACCGCGCUUCCAUGGCCAUUACUUGAUGCCCAUACCUACACAAGGCGAUAGAACUGUGCACGUCCUGCUAAUGGAACACAUCGACGGCAAAGAUCUCCGAAUCCUCGUCCCCGUUCCCAAAGCCAAAGACGUCUGCGCCGCCCACAAACUAGCCAUCAUCAACAUGGCCCUCAACUUGAACCUGGACGCUUUCGUACGCGGUGUGUAUCCCCAGGACUUUCAGCCUAGGAACGUCAUCUUGCGGAGACCUCAACACUGCGUAGAGUUUUGCGACAAAGAUGACUGCCCGGUGCGCUCAGAGGUGGAUAUGGACGACGUUCGUGGAGUGUUGGUCGAUCUGGAAAAAGUCGGGCUGGGAGAUCCGAUGAAGAAACUCAGAAAUCUGGGUUAUAGGACAAAGGUCAUCAAUAAGCAGCGACGGAGGUAUCUCAAACGAUGGUUGGAGAAUGAGAUUCGGCACUGGGGGCAAUAAUCUGACUGUGAGUACCUCGCCGUCAUCCCUCGGUAUCAUCAACUGCCAUCCUACAUGCAACUUUUCCUACCUUGAACGCAAAUCCCGUCUAAUCAUCCGCGUCGACACAAAACCACCAACUCCACAGUCUUAGCUACCUCUCGCGGCGUCAGUUGAAUAGUCACCUGUGAAGGAUGCAGGACGCCAAGUGGAAGUAGCACUGGCAGUGUUGCAUUGGUCGGGAAGAGCGUAUGCACACUGCACUCGCAAGGGUUUCCCGCUCACGAUACUCUUUUUUGACCAGUGAUCUGAACGAUGCUCCGAAGGCUUUCUAACGUCCCGCAUGUUCAUUACUAGGAAAGUUUCUUUAAAUCAAUAAAAAAUAAAGUUUGAG